UGGCUUCUGAAUGCCGUGCGUUACGCGCCCGCUCCCCGCCCAGCGGCGCGUUAUCGCGCGCAGAUAACUCCGUCUUAACAAGAGGGUCUCCGGGCGUGAUGCGCAGCAAUCCGGUCCCAAAUCUCCUCCUCUGCAACCUUCGAUCCCUGGAACUUACAUAAUUCCCAGGACGACCUCAUGCUCGCACCUGACGCGCCGCCGGUCAGUGUUGGUCCAGGCUGCCGCUCGCCAUCAUGACCUGCUGCGAUCUGAAAUGCGGGCUCACCGCGGGGACCGUGCUGGGCGCCCUGAUCGCCUUGCUGGGCGGGAUCCUCAUCCCCGUGGGCAACAUGUUCAUUGAAAACACCGUGCGCACGGAAACCGUGUUGGAGAACGGGACUUUAGCGUUCGACACCUGGACGUCUGUAGACACGGCGAUAUACAGACAGUUUUGGCUGUUUAACGUCCAGAACCCUGACGAGGUUUUGAGUCAAGGGGCCAAACCUGUGGUGGUGCAGAAAGGGCCCUACACAUACAGAACACGUUAUAUCCCCAAAAGAAAUAUCACCUUCAACGACAACUACACUGUGUCCUUCGUGCUGCCGGCGGGAGCCAUCUUUGAGCCAGGAAUGUCAGUAGGCACAGAGGAGGACGUAUUCACAUCGAUCAAUCUAGCUGUAGCAGGCGUUUACAGCUUACUAGACCACGGUCUUGCGAACUUGCUCAUCCAGCGCUCCAACUCCACACUUUUCCAGAACAGGACCGUUAGGGAAUUGCUGUGGGGCUACAAAGACCCGAUGCUGAGCAGCACGCUUGGAGUUUUUUAUCCAUACAACGACACCAUCGACGGACCGUACACUGUAUUCACAGGCAAAGAUGACAUUAAGAAGGUAGCCACCAUUGAGCGCUGGCAAGGGGAACCAUCGCUGAGUUACUGGAAUGACCCUUAUUGCAACAAGAUAAACGGAACAGACGGUUCCUCCUUCCGUCCUUUCCUGGACAAGAAAGAACCCCUGUACUUCUUCUCAUCCGAUAUCUGCAGGGCAAUAUCUGCCGUGUACGAGGAAACCGUUGACCUGAAGGGAAUCGACGUGUACCGGUACAUGCUGCCUCCUGAAGCUCUGGCCUCUCCAGCGGUCAACCCAGAUAACCAGUGCUACUGUACGGACCCCGUGAUCACCAGGAACUGCACUACGGCAGGACUUCUGGACCUCACGCCCUGUAGAGGGACCCCGGUAUUCCUCUCUCUGCCCCACUUCCUCUAUGGCAGCAAUGAUCUCCAUCAAGGCGUGAUCGGACUCAACCCAAAUUUCGAUGAGCACUCCAUAUUUCUGGACGUCGAACCGAUUACAGGCUUCACUCUGAGAUUUGCAAAAAGACUUCAGGUCAACAUGCUGUACGGCCCGUCGGAAAGUAUUGUAAUUUUGAACAAAAUCAAGGACUACACGGUUUUCCCUAUUUUAUGGGUAAACGAGACGGCGGUUCUGGACGACGAGACGGCCGACAUGUUCAAGAAAGAGCUGAUUUCUCGGAUGGAGCUGCUGGAGGGGGUUCAGAUCGGACUCAUAGUGGCCGGCUUAGUCUUAUUCGCCAGCUGUUUGAUCGGAUUGAUCGUGGCGUGCACGAAACCGAGCAAUAACAAACUUUCUCUGAUCGUUAAAUAAAGCGAGGGAGCUUUGCGUGUUCGAUUUCUUUUUUUUUUUUGAUGGCGCACUUUGUGAGAAUUGUAUAUUGUAAUUGUUAUCUGCGCUCGGAGUACCGCGAUUCUAUUUAUAUAAUUUAUAAGCUCUGCAUUUUUGCGUCGCGAAAUGAUUUCCUUCUGUAUUCGGCUUGAUUAUCGUAUCAAGUUAUACUUUUAAAUGGUUAUCGAGGGCAAAGGUUCUGCCAUUUUGUGGUCGUACUGUGAUUCAUUUAAAUAUAAAAUAGUUUUGUAUGUCGGCACAAUUUCAGUAAAACGAAGAACUGUGAAACUUG